AUGUCUUCCUCAAACAGCAUCCCCUCCAAAAGAGCAACCGCCCACGAAGAAGCGUUUGAAGAUGGCAUUAACCCGAUUUCGCACGUUAAGUCUGCUGGGGCGAUGACCAUUUCGCCGGAGUUGUUUGAGAAGUUGUAUCUAACGCCCAAAACAAACACCGUCGGUGAUGCGAGGAGACGCUUUGCUAAUCCGACGCCGCUUGGGUUGAUGGGAUUCGUAAUCGCCUCCCUAACAUACGCAAUGGUCCUCAUGGGCUGGGGAGGGGCCACCACCCUCGUCGGCGUAGCCGGCAUAUUCUGGUUCACCGGCCCCAUCCUCCUUUUGACCGCCAUGAUCUUCGAAUGGAUAAUGGGCAACUUCCUCUCCAUGAUGAUAAUGGGCAUGUUCGCCGUGUACUGGCUCUCCUUCGCGAUCCUGCAGACGCCCUCGUGGAUGAUCGCACAGUCCUAUUCCACCACCGGUUCCGCGGCCGAAGGGGCCGCCUCGAAAGCGUUUAACGCGGCAAUCGCGCUGUACUUGAUGGUGUGGGGAUUCUGGCUGUUCACUACUUUCAUUUUCACGCUCAAGACAAACACGAUUUUCGCAAGUAUUUUUUUCUUUGCGUUUAUUAGUAGUUUUGUGAUUGGAGGCGCGUAUUGGAAGGUUAGUACGGGGGACUAUGGGAUGGCUAUGACGCUGCAGAAGACUGGAGCGGCGAUAUUUUUCAUUGUGGCGCUCCUCGGGUAUUAUAUCACGGUUGUGAUGAUGGCGGCGGAGAUGAGGAUGACGCUUAAGUUGCCCGUGGGCGAUUUGUCGCAUUUUUGGCCGAACUCAGAUAUUUCGUUGGCGGAUAUGGAGAAGCAGCAGUAG